AUGCCUCCCCAUUCAUCCCACAAGCUCCAGCCAGCCGAUGUUGGGUGUUUCAGCCCGCUGAAGGCGGCAUACGGCAAGCAGAUCGAGGAGAUGAUGCGGGCAAGCAUAACCCACAUUACUAAGGAGGACUUCUUUCCUGCAUUCCUCGCAGCUCACCAGGCAACGAUGACGUACGACAACAUUCGGGGAGGCUUUCGAGGUGCUGGGCUUGUUCCUUUUUAUCCCGAGGAGGUGAUCUCCCAGCUCGACAUCCGUCUUAAGACGCCAACACCCCCGAACUCACGGCCAGGCAGUGCCUACGCGUGGGUUUCCAAGACGCCGAACAACCCAAUCGAAGCCUCUUCGCAGACCACCCUUAUCAAGACCUGGAUUGCCCAGCAUCAAAAUAGCUCUCCAACGUCGCUUUUAGCUGCAGUUGAUUAG